AAGAGGGCAGUCUGUUUGUGGGGCUGAGGAGAUCGAUCUCUGAGAUCGGCUUCACUUCGAUCUCUGAUUUCCUUUUAGCUGCACAUUGGCCGCCGCACAGUGAUAAAUAGUUGGUACGUGGAAUUUCUUUUAAUGUAAGCACCAGAUCUACGAGCGCCUCUCUCUCUGUUGUUCCACUUUCUCGAGUGUUCUUUCUCGCAUUGUAGGGCUUUCAUGUUGUUUUUGAUCGGUACCCACCGUGUGAAAUCAUGGAAUAUGUCGUAAAGAUCAUCGAUUUCCUAGAUUUUCAUAUUCAGUUGUUGGAAGUUCAGUGCUUGUGCUGAGGUCAUUGUCUGUUUUUGUUUUCCUGUUCUUGUUGGCCUUUUUCUUUAAUCUGUUUGGUUCUAGUUCGAUGCAUUAUUGUUUUAAGAGAAGCUAGAACGAAAUCCGUUGUUCCCAUUGCCAAAUCUGGACCGUUCUUGCUGUUGGUUUCUCCCAUUUUGUAGCUUUAUCUAUUCAUAGUCAGGAUUUUUUCUGAAUCCCUGAAAGCCAGUUUCUACGGUCCUUUUGAAACCCUAGUCUUGAGGUUUUGCUCGGCGACAUGAAGAGGUGGGGUACUUAUUCAGGAUUUCCCAGAUCUGGGGGUCUAAGACCUGAAAAUCUUGGCCAGAAUGCCCUUGCUAUGAUCGGAAACCUCUGCUUCACUCUGUUUGUUCUUGGUGUUCUGAUCUUCACCAUCAUUGCUGCAACAUACCAACCUGAAGAUCCCCUCUUCCACCCUUCAACAAAGAUUACAAAUUUCCUCGUCUCCACCUCGAAUGCCACUUUCCGUUCGGAUGAGUCCGUUCUGAAGACUGGAGAAGAUUUCAUGUCCUCGAACCAGACUGCCUUUGCCGCUUUUAUCAAUGUUACUGAUGUCUUGGUGAUCAACGUCUCUGCAAACUCGGAAACUGAUUGCGACCGUUUUGCACCGAUCGAUUGCACCGAUUCAGAUCUCUUCCAUGUGAUGAUGCGGGCGACGAUUGAACAGUUCAAGGAUAUCCACUUCUAUAAGUUUGGUAAGCCUGUUCGAGGAUCGAAUGAUAGUUCAUGUGACAUGGCCUGGAGGUUCAGGCCUAAAGAAGGUAAGAGAGCUGCAUUUUAUAAGGAUUAUCGUAGAUUUGUAAUCUCGCGAACAGAGAACUGCACUUACACUGUGGAUGGAGUUGGGGAGUAUCACUCUGGUCUGAAUGCUAGGAAGAAGAAGAAGCAAGCAAAGCAUGGUUCGGAUGGUGGUUUUGAGCCUAAGGGGGCAGAUUCAUCUGCUGUGGCUGUGACGAAACUUCCUGUUGUUGGGGAUGCUGUGAACGAUACUGUGCCGGUGGUGGAAUCUGAAAGCACAUUCAGCUCCGGCAAGUACCUUAUCUACAACGGUGGUGGUGAUCGUUGUAAGAGCAUGAAUCAUUUUCUGUGGAGCUUCUUGUGCUCUUUGGGUGAAGCUCAGUAUUUGAACCGUACGCUUGUAAUGGAUCUGAGUAUGUGCCUAUCAUCAAUGUACACUUCUUCACAUCAGGAUGAAGAGGGGAAGGAUUUCAGGUAUUACUUUGAUUUUGAGCAUUUGAGAGAAUCAGCUUCAGUGUUGGAACAGAGUCAGUUCUGGACUGAGUGGGGUAAGUGGCAGAAGCAGGAUGGUUUAAGUCUUCAUUUGGUGGAAGAUUUCAGAGUGACCCCAAUGCAGCUUGCAGACAUCAAAGAUACACUAAUCAUGAGGAAAUUUGGGACAGUAGAGCCAGACAAUUACUGGUACAGGGUAUGUGAAGGAGAGACAGAGUCCAUAAUUCAGAGGCCGUGGCACCUUGUCUGGAAAUCAAGGCGUUUGCUGGAAAUUGUCUCUGCAAUCAGUUCAAGAUUGAACUGGGAUUUCGAUUCAGUACAUGUGGUCAGAGGGGAGAAAGCAAAGAAUACUGAGUUAUGGCCUAACCUGGCUAGAGACACAAUGCCUGAGGCAAUCAUCUCCUCUCUCCGUGACAAGGUUGAUGAUGGCCGGGACCUGUAUAUUGCAACGGAUGAACCCGAUACUUCCUUCUUUGAUCCAUUAAAGGACAAGUACAGGAUUCACUUUCUUGAUGAUUACAGUGAACUUUGGGGCGAACAGAGCGAAUGGCACUCUGAGAUGAAGGCAAUAAACAACGGAAAUCCCAUUGAGUUUGAUGGAUACAUGAGGGUGGAGGUUGACACUGAAGUAUUCUUAAGGGGGAAAAAGCAGAUCGAGACAUUCAGUGAUCUUACCAAGGACUGCAAAGAUGGAAUUAACACAUGCCCGGCUACCUCAUGAUCAAAAUCUGUUCUUGCCUACUCUGAUGCUGAGAUUUGCUGGAUCCAUUUGAAGAUCUUUAUUUUAUUUUAUUUUUUCUGUGCACGUUUUCAGGUUGUUAGUCAAUAUCUGUUUCUAGAUAUGGGAAUCCUUGUCCUUAGUUUAAAAAUACAGGUGAUAGUGUCCGCCAAUCCUUCAUUGUUCAUCAGCAUUUUUAUGGCGGGUGAGAGUUUUAGUUAUCAUGAUCUGUUAGUGUAUUUCAUCUGUUUACUCGAUCUCCCCUCUUGAGCUUGUAUUCAGUUACUUGCAUUCUUGUAAGGAUGAAGCAAGUUGGACA